AUGUUGACAAUAUUCAUAGCCUAUGACACCUCCGAAGCUGUUCUCCUAGCGACGGCGGCGGCCACGGCCGCGGUGUCGACGGAGGUGCCCGGGGUGAUGAAGGCAUGGGUGUACCACGCGUACGGGGACGCCGGCGUGCUCAAGCUCGACGAGGCCGCGGCUGUGCCGGCCCUGGCCGAGGACCAGGUGCUCGUCAAGGUCGUCGCCGCGGCGCUCAACCCCGUCGAUGCCAAGCGACGGGCCGGCAAGUUCCAGGCCACCGACUCCCCUCUCCCGGUCUGA